CGCCAUCGUCCAGAUUUGGCGACGGGGUGGGAGGACCAGUGGAGAUCGAGGAGGUACUACGAGGAAGAGAGAGAGAGAGAGUACGUGCUGAAGUCAGUGAGUGAAUCAUUGGCGGACGACGGUGCGCUGUGCGGGGAAGGAGAAUCUGCGGCCGCUGGUACAAAGUGGCAGGCUGACGUGAGGCGCUCUGACUGUGCAUGGGUCGCGAAUGAGUGAAGGUUGCGACGGAAGGAAAGGGAGGGAAUGGAAUGGAAUCGAUCGUGCAGUGAGCGAGCGAGUGCAGUGCAGAGCACAAGGCGAGCCAGCGAGCGGAGCGUGUCGUUUCUUCGUCUGCGUGGUGUGCUUUUUGCAGCGAGGUGAGGGACAGGCGAGGAGGAGGAGGAGGGAAGGAAAGAGGGGAGGGAGCGAGGACAAGAGGACAAGAGGAGCGCUCCGCUCUCGCUCGCCUUUUCGUCGACAGGUUCUCCUUCGAGCUCGAGAGGAAAGGAGGGCCGAGGUUGUCGAUCCGAGGACUUGGUGGAAGAAGAAGAAGAAGAAGACCGAGGAAGGGACGAAGAGAGGGAGGGCGAGAGAGAGAGGGCCUUAGGGUAGAUUUGAUCGGAGGAGGGAUUGAUAAAUGUAGAGCCUGAUUUAUGUCAUGGAGGAAGGGGAGGUGUCGGGGGCAGCAGGAGUAAAUCUGUUCCCGGGAAUGGUAGGAGGAGCAGGAGGUGGAGGUGGAGGUGGAGGAGGGGCGCGGGGUGGGGGCAAUUUUUUCAUUGGCUCGGCGCUGUCGAGAGUAUCGCGAGGACUGCAGGGUGUACGUAACGGAGCGCAACCUAUGUGGUCGCGCUUGGUGAAUAACGACUCUGCCGUUCCUGGAUCGCCUCCCUCCCAGUGGGAAAAUCAUGCGCAGGAUGGGGAUUCCGACCGGGGCGAGUCGGAGAGCGCUUCGGGCCCUGAAAGCUUAGACUAUGAAGUUGUGGAGAGUGCUGCGUACCGGGAGGAUCAGGCAAAGAGGGGCAGGUGGCAUUACCAAUCAUACAUUACUUUGAAAUGGAUAUAUGCACUACUAAUUGGGGUCGGCACAGGGUUCUCUGCUUUCUUCAUCAAUAUUGCUGUAGAAAAUUUUGCAGGAUGGAAAUUUGAAGCCACCUUUAUAAUUAUGAAGCACUCAUACUUUUUAGCAUUUCUCAUUUAUGCACUUUUCAAUGCGGCCCUGGUCUUCUCCUCAGUCUACAUUGUUACUCAGUUUGCCCCAGCAGCAGCCGGUUCCGGCAUUCCAGAAAUCAAGGGCUACUUAAAUGGUAUCGAUACUCCCGGUAUUCUUCUUUUUCGAACCCUAGUUGGAAAGAUUCUAGGCAGCAUUGGAUCGGUUGGAGGUGGUCUAGCUCUUGGAAAAGAAGGGCCUCUUGUGCAUACUGGUGCUUGCAUUGCUUCAAUACUCGGCCAGGGUGGCACUACCAAGUAUUAUGUAAACUGGAGUUGGCUUUCAGUCUUCAAAAAUGAUCGGGAUCGUCGUGAUCUUGUCACAUGUGGAUGUGCAGCUGGUGUAUCGGCCGCUUUCAGGGCCCCUGUCGGUGGAGUCUUAUUUGCGCUGGAAGAAGUAACUUCCUGGUGGAGAAGUCAGCUUUUGUGGCGAGUAUUUUUUACUUCUGCUGUUGUGGCAGUUGUGGUACGUUCUGCCAUGGGUUGGUGUACACAUGGAAAUUGUGGUCACUUUGGUUCAGGUGGAUUCAUCAUCUGGGACAUCUCAGGGGGCCAGGAAGAUUACUCCUUUUACGAGCUAGUACCAAUGGCUAUGCUUGGUGUCGUCGGAGGUUUACUUGGUGCUUUGUUCAACCAGCUGACUCUCAUUCUAUCAAAAUGGCGGAGGAAUGUACUUCAUAAGAGAGGUGCUAAAACAAAGAUCGUGGAAGCUGUGUUGGUUUCUCUGUUGACUUCGGUGCUGUCUUUUGGUCUGCCAUUGUUAACCAAGUGUACACCUUGUCCUGAUCCUGAGAAGUAUCCUGACAUCGUAUGUCCUCGACCAUCGAAACACUACGGGAAUCAUGUAAAUUUCCACUGCUCCGCGGACAACGAGUACAAUGAUCUUGCUACAAUAUUUUUCAACACACAGGAUGAUGCAAUAAGAAAUCUUUUCAGCACCCGAACUCAGCACGAAUACAGUGCUACAAGUUUAAUCAUGUUCCUUUCAAUGUUCUACUCACUGGCAGUGAUCACAUAUGGUACAGCUGUACCCGCGGGCCAGUUUGUACCCGGUAUAAUGAUCGGAGCUACCUAUGGUCGCCUUGUUGGCAUGCUCAUAGUCAACCUGUCCCAGAAAGACAACAUUGACGAGGGCACUUAUGCUCUGUUAGGUGCCGCUUCAUUCUUGGGAGGUUCCAUGCGCAUGACCGUUUCUCUCUGCGUUAUCAUGGUUGAGAUAACGAACAAUCUCAAACUUCUGCCUCUGAUCAUGCUUGUUCUCCUUACUUCGAAGGCUGUGGGGGAUGCAUUCAAUUCCGGGUUCUAUGAGUCUCAUGCCAUCUUAAGACAGAUUCCAAUUCUCGAAUCAAGACCUAAGCGCUACAUGCGAAACAGAACUGCUAGAGAUGCGUCAAGUUCUAAUAAGGUUGUACAAUUUCCAAGGAUAGCUCAAGUUGGUGAGAUCGUUUCGACUCUACGCAGCAACAAUCAUAAUGGCUUCCCUGUUAUCGAUCAUCUUCAGAGUGGUGAAAGUGUUGUGAUUGGUCUCAUUCUCAGAAGUCAUCUGUUGGUACUCCUGCAACACAAAGCAGACUUUCAGCACAGUGCACUCGCGGGUGGUCCACAUGCAUACAGAUACGACGUGCGAGAAUUCGCGAAACCUGUAUCAAGCAAAGGCAUAUCUGUUCAUGACAUAAACCUUACUACUGAAGAAAUGGGAAUGUACGUGGAUCUAGAGCCGUUCGUCAACCCUACUCCGUACAUGGUGUCUGAAGAUAUGUCACUGUCCAAGGUGUACAAUCUCUUCCGACAGCUGGGACUGCGACAUGUAUGUGUCGUUCCUCGGCCAUCCAGCGUAGUCGGUGUAAUUACACGAAAAGACCUUAUAUCUGAUGAACUGGAGGAUAGAGAUCCAGUAGAAGGGGCCACUAGCAGAGGCAGGUAUCGGCCUCUUGAAGUCGCUUUACUUGGAGAGACCUGGAGGCAGUGAUAGAGAGAGCAGAAGCCGUCCACCAUAGACAUAUCAGGCUCGCAUGGAUUCAGAUUGCCAUCCCAGUAGCAAAUGUAAUCAUAGUAUCAAUUAUAAAUAUCCAAGCCUGUUCCCUUGCUUCUCCUUACAUUUGUGGGUUAGUGGGCGUUGGGGUUCGUGCAUAGAAGCAUCGUCGAUUCAAUGCAAAAUUAUCCCACCGUUCCAAAGAUUUUUGUUCCCCUUCUUCGGUGCACGGUGCCGCUUGGGGGAGAUGUUAGAUUAUGGUUAUCGAAAGAGAAAAGUUCUUCGUCGUUCUGGUUUGAUGUAGGCCAAAGCUUCCUCAAUUUCGGCAUGGUCAGAAUCAACACCUUGCAGCAGCACCACCACUUCACACUGGAAAGAAGUGCACGGAAGGUGUCGAGAAUCUUUCAUUUGCCGGGCGAUCAGACUUCAGAUGAAAGGCUCUGUAGGAAGGAGUUAUUGUCGACUGGUCGUAGCAGUAAAGGUCGGCCAGUUCCCGCAGUGUCGUCGACAGCGCUGUCGAUGUUUAGAGUCGACAUCAUGUGCACAUGGAUUCAAAACAGCGCAAAAUAUCUGUCGAGCCAUUGAUGACUCGGUGCUUGUAGUAUAUUGUCACGUGUGAACUUUGCUAAAAAAUAUUCAAACGCAGUAACAGGACGUCCGUUCCUGAUGGCAG